CUUGGUCUGAGGGGCGCGCGCGGGGGAGUGAAGGCGCGAGAACGCGAGUGCGCGUGCGCGUGCGGCGGGGCUUUCUCCAGAGCCGUCGGAGGGAGCUGGAGCACUUCUCCCGAGUUGGUGAUCAGUCGGUAGUCGUCCAACAUGCAGAAGUGAGUAGUGAAAAGCAGCAGAGCUGAUGGGUCGUGAGGAUGUAAGUGUGCUUGAAGGCUCUCACACCCCCUACUCCAGGACAGAAUCAUGAAUAAACUGGAGGACAAGAAGGACCAGAUGAUACCAUGAAGAGAAGUUUACAGGCCCUCUAUUGCCAACUGUUAAGCUUCCUCCUGACCUUGGCCCUGACCGAAGCACUGGUAUUUGCUGCCCAGGAACCAUCUCCCAGGGAGUCUCUUCAGGUCCUACCUUCAGGCACCAUGGUGACAGCACCACUCAGCUCUGCCAAACACUCAUCCGAGAUGGCUGCCCCCACCUCUGUGGUGACACCGAGCCCCCGUCCUGAUGGGACCUUCUCACAGGCUGAGGCCCCCGUGGCAACAACACCCUAUGCAGACGGACACCCUCCUGCCAACACCUUCUCCACCAUGUUGGCGGCAGCAGCCACCCGUCAUGCUGAAGGCCCCCCCACCACAGGGCCCCAUCCUGCUGCCAUGGCAACCACAUCCUCCCACUCAGAGGGCCACCCCCUGGGGGAGGCUGGGCCCACCAUCCUGCUGACAAAGCCAACUGGAGCCACCAGCCACCCCGCCACCGCACCCCCUCGGGCCAGCACCCGCAGGCCCCCCAGGCCCCCAGGCUCUUCCCGAAAGGGGGCUGGUGGUUCUUCACGCUCCGCCCUGCCUGCGCUCAGUGGCCACUCUGGAAGAAAGGAAGGCCCGCGGGGAAGAAACCAGAGCUCCACACUUGCAGGGCAGAAGCAGUCCCUGGGGAAAAUCUUUCACUUCUACAAAGGCAACUUCACAGGCUCGGUGGAGCCCGAGCCCCCCAGCCCCAGCCCCCAGAGCCCGCUCUGGGAUUUCUCCUCCUCGCCACAGACCCCGACAGCGGCCACAACCAGGGCACCUGGCAGGACCUCGUGGGCACCGAGCACCACCCCCUCGGUGCGCACAGAAGACAGGCCCAGCCUGAGCAGAGCAGACCAGGGGGGUGGUCCCACCUUCACCAGCCGAGGGGGGGCGCCAGGCGCCACAGCAGCCUCAGGUGCCCCUGCCAGUCCACAACCCGCCCCAGUGCCUUCUCAGCGCCCCCGUGCUGACCCACCUGGCAGCACCGGCCACAGUGACUCCUGGCUGGCUGUCACCCCUGGAACCAACAGACCUCUGUCUGCCAGCUCGGGGGCCUUCAUGGCCACCGUGGGGCCCACCCAGGCUGCCUUCGAUGCCAGUGUCUCAGCCCCUUCCGAGGGCAUUCCUCAGGGAGCAUCCUCCGCCACAUCCUCCACCCCGCAGGCCCCGGCCCACCCCCCCGGGGUCUCAGAAAGCACUGUUUCCCAAGCUGAGGAAGAGGCUGUGGCCACCCCCACCGUGACCAACAGGGUACCCAGUCCUCUCUCCACAGUGGUGUCCACGGCCACAGGGAACUUCCUCAACCGCCUGGUGCCCGCAGGCACCUGGAAGCCUGGAACAGCAGGGAACAUCUCCCAUGUGGCCGAAGGGAGCAAACCCCAGCACAGAGCCACCAUCUGCCUGAGCAAGAUGGACAUCGCCUGGGUGAUCCUGGCCAUCAGCGUGCCCAUCUCCUCCUGCUCGGUCUUGCUGACAGUGUGCUGCCUGAGGAGGAAGAAGAAGACGGCCAACCCGGAGAACAACCUGAGCUACUGGAACAACGCCAUCACUAUGGACUACUUCAACAAGCACGCGGUGGAGUUACCUAGGGAGAUCCAGUCCCUUGAAACCUCUGAGGACCAGCUCUCAGAGCCCCGCUCCCCAGCCAACGGCGACUACAGGGACACGGGGAUGGUCCUCGUCAACCCCUUCUGCCAGGAGACCCUGUUUGUGGGGAGCGACCAGGUGUCCGAGAUCUGACUGCAGCAGCCUCGCUCUG